AUGAUCCUUCGAUGUUCCGUGACGGUGUGCGUGUUAGUGCUCUUCCUGCUACCGGUAACGUACGGCCGGGCGAGAAGCCGGAAGGAUACGCACGUUGACAUAACUGAUCAGACAACCGUGCUGGACAGUGUCGGUAUGCGGGGCGUGUUCCGUUUUAUGCGCUCGUUUAUGUAUAACGUCGCCGGAAAGACUGGCCAGCGCACGCGUGGAUCCUUUCUUCAGGAGCGCAUCCCCUCCGAAGUGCCAUUUCCGUGUAACAUAACGCUGGGCAGGAGUGCCAAAGUGCCAAUGAGUGUGCACAAGCUGAGACCAGGAGACAUAAACGUGAUCGCUGCCAUGGGUGACUCGCUGACCGCUGCUAGCGGUGCAGCCGCGUCCAGUUUUGUCGACCUGUUCCAGGAAAAUCGGGGCCUCGCGUGGAGCAUCGGUGGUCAGUGGGACUGGCGCAACGUAACCACCCUGCCAAACAUACUGAAAGUAUUUAACCCAAAGCUCGUCGGUUACUCGCUCGGCGACGCUUACCCGUACCAUCGGGACGCUCAGUUCAACAUGGCCGAAAUUGGUGCCGUUUCGUACGACAUCCCGCACAUGGCACGCUCGAUGGUGCAGCGCAUACGGCGUGAUCCGCGCGUCGACUGGAAGCGCGACUGGAAGCUGGUAACGAUUUCGAUCGGUGGCAACGACUUCUGUACGUUCGUCUGCACCAUGCGCUACCCCGAACAGCUGCCCGCCAAGCAUCGGUUACGGCUCCAGCGUACGUUGCGCUAUCUGCGCGACAGCAUGCCGCGCACCUUCGUCAAUCUCGUCUCGAUACCGAGCGUGUCGACGGUGGUAAUGUUACGGCGGAAACCGUUCGAGUGCCAAUCGCUCCACAAUGGCGAGUGUUCCUGCUGGACCGGGAAGCUUUACAAUCAGAGCGAAGCGACGCGGGCAAGGUGGAAAAGGAUACAGAAUGAGUUUAUCAGGGUGGAAAAGGAAGUUGCGGAAUCGAAAGAGUUCCGAGGGCUGGACGAGUUUGCCGUCGUCUAUCAACCAUGGUCACUGAAUGUGUCGAUGAAAAUGAACGGAAAAGAGGUGGACUUUUCCCUUCUUUCGUAUGACUGCUUCCAUAUGAGUCAGAAAGGAAAUGCCUACGCCGGUGCCGCACUGUGGAACAACAUGCUCGAACCGGUGGGAAAGAAAACCCCAAACUGGCAGCCACUCAUGAAAAACUUCAACUGUCCCACCAAAGAGUCACCUUACCUAACCACGUACGAUAACAGUGGUCACAGCUAACCAGC